GCCGUGAACAUGUUUAACCCCCCAUCUGAGAUAGUAGCGGCACGGGACCACAUCAUGCAUGUGGUGUAUUCCUUCCUUCAGCCAAGUCGAAUUCUGGACAACACCCUGCCCAGUAUGGAGACCCCCUACCCUAUGUUGGUCCUAGUUGGUCCCCAGGGGUCAGGGAAGAAAGACCUGGCUCUAAAACUGGUAGAGGAAUUCUCUGAUUACUUUGGUUAUUGUGUAACACAUACCACACGGAAACCAAAUAAAGAUGAAACACCAGGAAAGGACUACCAUUUCGUAGAUCUAGAGAAAUUUGAAUUUGAUAUCAGAUGGGGCCAGUUUAUCCAGACCAGUCAGUACCAUGGUCAGUGGUAUGGGCUCCAGAUGCAGUCCAUUGAGGACAUAGCUAGGGAGGGACUGGCCUGUGUCGUCCACAUGGAACUAGAGGGAGUACUAACUCUUAAGAACACCUACUUUGAGCCCCGGUAUGUCCUGAUCAUGCCUCUGAGCUCCGAGUGUCACGAGAAGCGACUCCGAGAACGUGCUCUGUACUCCGAGGCUCAGAUCGAGGACAAUCUCACACGAGCCGAGAUGUAUCAGGAAUACAACAGGGACCAUCCGGGAUUCUUUGACAUGAUGAUCAACAGUGAUGACAUAGAGGAGGCUUACAAGCACCUGAGACGACUGGUUAUGGAUUAUCUCGGUAUCAGCAUUCCCUCGUUUGAGUCCGAGGUCGGGGAUAUAGCCGAGACCAAGGACACAGAGAAUAACGCCCCCACAGGAACUCAGCUGGGGACCCGGACCUGGUCCCGACCCAGCCUCCCUGACAGCAUGUCCCAGCCCUACACCCGCGGAAAGACCACUCAGUCACCUGUAUUGUCAGGGAGGGGCAUACUGGAGGAGAUGUCCUUGAAGAGAAGACACAGCGCGGCCAAGGCUUCAGUAGCCGGCUACAUUCCUCCAUUGUUUGAACAAAUCACAUCACAAUACCCCAAAACAGCCCCCCAGACUGUAGAUAACCAGGUGGGACUUGAUGUGGUUACCAUGACGGAGGACGUUAACCGGUCGCAGUCAGCCCCGGUCAACAACAAACAGGCCCAAUCAGACGAGGACUCCUCAGAUGACGACCAAUCAGAUUCCAGCAUCUCCAUGUCGUCUGCCGGUAAAAUUGCUCGCUCACCCGAUGGAUCAGUUCACAAUGGGAAAGACCCCCACCUCCCCACAGAGACCAUGAACCCCAUGGAACUAUCCAACCCCCGCCCUCCCUCUGUGCCCCGCCCAGGUUCUCAAGGUCGCCCGGGGUCAGAUCGUCAUAAAGUGCUGCCACCUAUCAACCAGAAAGCAUCUUAUGUUCCAGAAUAUUAACACAAAAGUACACUUGUACCUUGCAUUUAUAAUUUGUAAAUAAGUAAAUAUGGAGUGUUGUAUCUGGGAACAUUGGAAGGAUGCUGGUUUUGAUAUGCUAACAUUUUAACAAAGAACUGUGAUAUUUGAAAAAUUUGUUGAAUGAUAAUUAUGUAAAUUAUGUAUUUGUAUUGUUUACAUGAUCAUUUUGUAUAUUCAUGUCCAUAUAUAUAUUGUACAUUAU